UGACAAGGGGUCGUCGGGCGGCAACCUGCCAUCGUAGACGACGAGUUGUGGCCGAUGGAGGAGCACAAGCAUCGGGCGCUUCGUCACCUGCUACGGCGGGCCAAGUGUCCACUGGAGGAGUUUGCAGCCGCCAUGAAGGAGGUGGUGGAGCAGCUGGAGAGCGCAUACCUGGACCACACGCGUACUAGGAGAAUCACGGGGAAGAUGACGACGAUUUCGAGGGAGAUGGAGGAAGAGGAGCGGAGCACAAUAUUGGCGUCCAUGGAGACCACCGCAGGGGCGAGGAAGAGGCAUAGAUGCGAGCUUGGGUACAGGGAUGAAAUUGAUGUGAGUUUGCCAUGUGCAGUACUUAGUUUGUAA